AUGAACAGCCUCGCUGAUGCUGCAGCCGAGGCAGCUGCUGCCGCAGCAGCAGCAGCAGCGGCAGUCGCAGCUCCACUGGCCACAUCGCCUCGUCCAGAUACCAACGCUCCGCUCGCUGCAUACACCUCCUCCUCGUCCGCCGCGGCGUGGCUCGAUCCAUCGCAGUCCGUCGCCGACCACGCCAAAUCGCCCGUCUCCAUCGCCCGCAGCCCGUCGGCAGAAAUGAACAAGCCAGCGGCAGAUACGCCUGUGCGACGCGCACUGCUCGACUCGGAGAAACCCGAAAAGCGCGGCUCGAACCUGGCGUGUCUCAAGUGCCGCGCGAUCAAGGUCAAGUGCUCGCGCGCCAAUGCGAACGACGACCGAUGCAAGCGGUGCAACCGCCUCGACCUCGUGUGCGAGUUCAAGGAGCACCACCGUGGGCGCAAGCCCAAAAAGCGCCCACGCAGCGACGCAGACAGCUUCGGCGUCGACGAGGAGGACCAGCUCGAAGACGAGGACGCCGAACGCGUCUCCUUUUCCGCCAACAGCAACACCUCGCCUGUGCGCGCAAAGCCGCGCGAGCUCUCCCGUUCACCUCCCCCGCCGUCGCCACCACAGUAUGCGCAGCAGGCUCAGCAACCACAGCAUGCGCAUCGAAGUUUCGAAGUCACUCGCACAGACAGGAUCGAGCCGGCGCCCAAACUGCCCAGCCCCAAGGGUUCCGUGCAUGGACGCUGGUUCGGGCCGUAUUUGCAGUCGAUUCCGUCGUUUGAGGAUUCGCUGUUUGCAAGAAAGCCCCACCACGCCACACAGCUACACGAACAGGAGAGGGCGCAGCAAGAUGCCUACGCCUUUCAGCACGAUCGAAGCCGCGAACUCCCGCCGCUGGCAGGACCGUCGUCGGGCACAGCCAAUCGCACUGCACCACCGCCGCCGCGCAGUAAGGAUCAGACGGCUUGGGACAGGACGUCGGCAUGGAGCUCGGCGCAGAACGCCAUGCAGCGUUCGCAUCCCGGCGCCUCCAACGUCCCAGCGGCUCCACCGCCCAUCGCCGCCGAUCUGGGCGACGACGCGGUGCGUCAGCACAUCAUCAGCAUCGACCAGGCGCACGAGCUGUUCGAGUUCUACUUUGCCGAGCUCAAUCCGCCGCUGGCGCUGCUCGACGCCUCGCUGCAUACGCCCGACUACUGUCGUCAGAACGCACCCAUCCUCUUCUCGACCAUCGUUGCGGUUGCGUCGAGGUUCUUCCAGCCGCAUCUGCAUAGGCAGUGCCAUCGGGUGGCCAAGGCGGUGCUUAACCUCGCAGCGGCGCAAGAGGUGUGUUCGAUGGACCAUGUGCAGGCGCUGGUGCUGGUGAUCACCUGGAAGGAUCCGGGCGACCAGACGAUCGUGCGCAAGGCGGCGCGUGCCAUGGGAUACGCAUACGAGCUCGGGCUCCAUGCCACAUUCGAGGCGAUCGAGGCGGACGACGCGACGAACAGGGCGCGGGCGGAGGGUGGGAGGGAGAGGUCCGACAGCUUUUCGCACCGGUAUCGUCGGAGGCUGGAGCGCGAUCGUCAGCGCACGUGGAUCGUGCUGUGUCUGGUGCACGAGCUGGUGCGGCGCGAUGAUCGGCAUGCCAAGCCGCGGGCGCGCAUCAUCCCGCUCGAAGACUACCCGGACCCGUACGCGUGGAUCCGUGCCGGCGGCGAUGUGCUGCUGUCGGUCGAUUCGCGGCUGGCGUGGUCGUUGGACAUGUCGAUCCUCACGCUCGAAAACGAGGCGUUCCUCGACAUGAUCAGCCGCUCCAACGACGCCACCUCCUUCGGCGGCUUCUUUGACCGAUACCGUGCAAGGCUGGAUAUGCUGCGCAAGAGGUACUUUGACGUGAGCGACGGCGUGUACCACCCGCGCUUUCCCAUGGACAAGUCGGCCGUGGCAGAGUUGCCGUACUUGGACGGAUUCAGGGACUUUUACAUCUGUCAGUCGACAUGGCACUGGGCAGCCAAAGUGGCGGCGGGGCGCAACAAGGCGAGGGGAGAUAUGGCGGAGCAUAGGUCGGCGUUUUGGUUUGCGCAGACGGUGGAUAGUGCCAUGCGCUGUCUGAGGCUGUUUGCGCAGAACCUGUGCAAGCCGGGGUAUGUGCGUGUGGGACACGAUUACCUGGUGAUCACGGCGAGCGAGGUGGUCAAGUGGUUUUAUCUGUACCGCUCGCACCUGGAUGCGGCGACGGUGGUGGAGGGCGUGGGGUAUCUGCGCGAGAUGCUGCGCGAGUGCAACCAGCCCCAGCGGCUCAAGUCGGGCGAAGUGGUGGAUACGGAACGCGAAGCCCCCGGCUACCUCGUGCGGUUCAUCGCGGCGAUCUUCGAUGCGGGCUUGGACAAAAGUUUCGAGACGGCCAAGAAGCAGGUAGCCGCAAGCAAGGAUGGGUAUGCUGCGCGGCCGCACCAUUGGGAGGAGAAGAGGGAGGCGAGGUGGACGCACGAGCGUGGUGCGCAGGAUGCGUACCGCGAUCCGAGGUUUGCGAUGCAGCGCCCCAGGCCAGAGAUGGGACGAGCAGCGACGUUUGCCGACGCGUAUGCGCAGGACUCGGCCCCCCAUCCUGCCUAUCUCUCCCCCGCUCCCCCCGCAAACACGAACGCGGCAAGCACGUCGAUGCCCAUCCCCGCGGGGUGGACUAAUACCCCGGCGGUCAUGGGGCAUCCGCAACAGCUGCAGCAGGAGGCCAAGAAUACAGUGCUCCCCUUGGCGGCCGAGAUGGGUAGGAAUUCGAUCGACGGCCUCGCGGCGUGCUUGAAUGCGAGGGAUCUGACGUAUUGGCAGGAUAUUUUGGGCUUUGAUCUGGCCCAUCCCCCUGAGCGCGACGGUGCAGCUCCUCCUGCGCAGCAUCUCUCCGCCAUGCCGAGUUGGUGGUGCGACCUUUUCGGGCUCCUCCAAGUGGCGCUCAGGCGCAGUGAGCGCAUGCGACCGGUGUGCGUGCCCGGCAUCCGUGCAGAAUCUACACCCGGAUUACGAGUGCGCGCGUGUGUGCAAUGCGAGUGUGCCAACGACGCCACGAGGCCGUCGUCCUGGCAACUCGGAUUCAAUCGUUCGCGAUGCGCACGUCGAUAUCUGACGACGCUCAGGUCGCCAAGCACUGCGCUCGCAGGCUUGUCCACGGUCCGGCUACUCUCAAGCCGCCUUGCACCAGCUCGAGCUCACUCGGUGCUGAUCAGCCGCAAGAUUGCGGGGGAGGCGCUCUUUGCGAGCAACGGCAACGGCGGUGAAGCUCGCUUUGCGCCAAAGAGGCGGGGCGGCGAGGCGAGGAUGCAAAGCAAGGCGGGGCGUGGCGCGCCAAAAAGCGUGGGUUCACUUGAUUCGGAUGCACGUCAGACUUUUGGAGCAGCCGUCAUUGGCCGGCCUGCCUCUCUGGCCUCUCCGUCCCUGCAGCCUCGCACCGCAGCCUCGCAGCUCCCAAAUGCCAGUCGCAAAUCCCAGCCGCUUCCCCUGCUUGCUCUGCUUGCUCUGCUUGCUCUGCAGCUGCCUGCUCUGCCUCGCACAGGCACCGCACUCGAGCCCACUCUGACUGACCCCCCGCUCGCACCUUCUCCGCACUCGAACGGAUCUCAAUCCCAAUCGCCACACCCCCACAUCUCUUCAAACCCCCUUCCCCUUCUACCCACACCAUCCCUUCAAACACGCGCUCCCAUCAACAUGACCAGCGCAGCCGUGCUGAGGAUGAACAACGACAGCCCAUCGCGCUUCUCCAUGUCCGGCAGCCGCAGAAGCAUCCUCGCCGGCAUCAACACCACCACAAACGCCCUCAGCUCGCCCGCCAACGCAAACAACGCGCACAACGAUGACCAUCUCCAAGAUCCCUCGCCCAUCCCCCUCUCCCACACAGACGCUCUCCUUCGCAGCCGCGCCAACGGCGCCGCAUCAGACGCUGCCAGCCUCAAGCACUCCCCAAGCGUAGCAAGCCGCAAGUCUCGCUCCGCUUCCAUCGCUUCCCGCAAGAACCCGCAAACACCCGCAUCGCCCACACGCUCCCCUAGCGUCAACGGCAACGCCACCCACGACGGCUACCUCGCACCUUCUUCUGCCUCCAUCGGUCGCUCGCGCGGCUUCUCCGCCGCAAGCCUCGGCCUCAGGAAGAGCAGCUCCAACCUCUCCCAGAGCGAUGCGCGCUCGAUCGACUCGCGUCGCGGCUCCUCGGGCAACAGCUUCGUCAACCUCAUCCGCAACCGCUCCCGCAACUCCUCCCAGACCAACCUCACCACCCCGGAACCCGUAGACCCCGACGUCUCCUCCUCCGGCAGCCGCAUCCGCAGAUUCAGCUCCGCCUCGCGCAAGAUGAGCAUCAAGAUGCCCGGCCUCGCCACCCGCACAAGCUCCGCCUCCAUCCGCGACGGCCUCUACGACGAGCCCGAACAGCUCUCCCCCGUCCCACCCGUCCCCUCCCUCCCCGCUGCGUACCCCACCAACGGCGCCGUAGACGGUUACAAGGCGCUCGGCGCUUCGGCCGCUCCGCUCAACAGCACCUCCGGCAGUAUCCGCUCCCGCAAGUUCUCCCGCUCCGUCAGCCAGGUCGAGGGCACCCCCAAGACCGAGUCCCCCACCACCGCCGCCGACGCCGACCCUUUCGCCAAGGCAGACGGCGUCAUCGCACGCGCGCGCUCCAAGCGCGCAUCCAGCGCUUCUGCUGCGCCCGCCCGCGCACGUGGCGCCUCCGAACCUCCCCUCGGCACCUCCACCACCGACGACACAGCCGCUCGCAAGGGCUUCCUCUCCUCCACCACCGCCAAGGCCUCCGGUGCCGCAGCCGGCGCAGCAGGCGCAGCCGGCUCCCUCUUUGGCCUCGCUCGCAGAAAGUCGUCGCGCAGCCUCAAGAGCGCAGACGCAGAGCAAGAUGAACCCCGGCAAAACGGCAUGGCCGCUGCCGCUGCCGACUCGGACGACGCAGCCCAAAGCGACUCGGCCAGCGACGAGAGCGAAGACGACCAAGUGCAGCAACGCGCCAACCAGCGCAACGGCCGAGCCACCAACGGCCGACGCGCCGCUCCAGCUGCCGUGGCAACCCAGAGCGACGACGACUCCGAUGACCAAGACGCCAACUCGGACGACGACAGCUCCGACGACGACUUCCACGACGCGCCCCUCGCCGACAUCUCCGAGGGCGAGGAGGAGGAAGACUCGCACCACGGCCACCACGCCGCUGAGGCCGGUGGCGCAGCCGCUGCCCUCGCCGGUGGCGCCGGCGCUGCCGCACGUCACCGUCGCAACAAGUCCGGCUCCUCCGGCCGCAGGGCGCCCAACGGCGAGAUGGCCAACGGCGCCUCGUACAAGCCCAAGGGCACCGCCGGUGCCGCCCGUCGCGCAGGCCCGCACGGCGACGGCGCCACCACCGUCAACGACACGCGCGCACGCUCCGACACCUCGCAGGCCGUGCGCGACAAGGCGGCGCGCGUCGCCAAGCUCACCGCCAACGACGUCAAGAUCACGCCCCAGCAGCUGCGCGACGACAUCGACGUGGCUCGCCACGCGCUCAACCUCUUCCUCAACUCGCGCAUGAUCGAGGCAGAACGCAUCAUCGAAGAGUACGCCGACUCGCGCCUCUACUAUGCGCUCGGCUACGCGCUCAUCGCCACCAUCAAGGGCUUCAUGACCUUUGAGCCCGCCGAUCUCGCCAUCGCCAUCUCGCUCUGCAAGGACGCCCUGACCAUCGCCAACCUCCUCCGCAAGCCCUCCAGCGCCGUCUCCAACUUUGGCCGCUUCGUCCGCGGCACCGGCCAGUCGCCCAGCGCCCUCUCCCAGAUGGACGAGGUGCAGCAGCACGCCGAGCUCGUCUACGCCGAGGCCGUGCUGCUCAAGGCCGUCCUCGGCAUCGCCUACGCCGGCGACUUCUUCGCCUUUGUCUCCGAGGCGCUCAACAUGCGCAACGCCUACGGCAUCUACCGCUCCCUCCAAAAGUACGUCGACUGGUCCGAAGAGAAAGGCCAGAACCUCGACGAGGACUUCAAGUCGGGCGUCUACCUCGGCAACGGCCUCAUCAGCAUGAUCCUCGGUCUGGUGCCCGGCAAGGUGCUCAAGAUCAUGGAGGUGUUCGGCUACACCGGCGACACCGCCUGGGCCAUGAAGACGCUCAGCAAGGCGGGCCAGUGGAGCGCCGACCCCAAGCAGGUCAAGCCGGGCAUGUCCGUCAAGGAGGAGGGCGUGCGCAGGCAGAUCUGCGACAUGUCGAUGCUCGCCUACCACCUCGUCAUCUCCACCUUCAUCCCCGUCAACGGCGUCGACAUCGACUUUGCCGACAAGGUGCUCCACUACAAUCUGCGCCGCUACCCGGAGGGCGUCUUCUUCCUCUACUUUUCCGGCCGUCUCUACUCGACCCAGGCGUUGGCCGAGAAGGCCAUCACCCAGUUCGAGACGGCGCGCGACAUCCAGAAGGAGUACGUGCAGCUCAAGCACAUCUGCAUCUGGGAUCUCUCGCUCUGCAACAUGUCGCUCACAAAGUGGAAGGAGGCACACGACCAGUUUGCCAUCCUCGCCGCCGAGAACAACUGGUCCAAGGCGGUGUACAACUACGGCCGUGCCAGCAACCUCUACGAGUCCGCGCAGGGCGAGGACCAGCGCGCGAUGAAGGAGGCAGCCGACAUCUUCAAGAACGUGCCCAACCUCACGCAGAAGAUCGCGGGCAAGUCGAUCCCCAUGGAGAAGUUUGUGGCGCGCAAGUCCAAGAAGUUUACGACGUACGGCAGGUUGUUGCUGCCCGGGCUCGAGUUUGCCUAUGUCUACCACUGCCUCUCGAACGCGCCGCGCUACAUUCUGUGCGACGAGGCGCUGGUGAUGGUGAGCGAUGCGCUCGCGGAUCUGCACGACGUCGAGGAUCCGUCGCAGUACUACUCGGGCGACGAGUACUACGACGACCUGUGUCUGGCGCACUUCCUGCGCGGCGUGUGCCUCAAGUUUAUCGCGUGCCCCGAAGAGCACUCCAAGGUGCGUCCCAAGGAGUCGCCCAUCCCGGAGCGCGAGGCGGCGCAGCAGGCCGAGAUCAGCUUCAAGACGGUGCUCGAACACGGACACCAGCUCAAGCUCGACCACUGGCUCGUCUACUUUGCCCACUACGAGCUCGGCCGCCUCUACGCCGGCACCGGCCGCGACGCCGAGGCCAAGGAACAGCUCAACCUCGUGCUCAGCCAAAAGACCCUCGAGGACCGUGGACGCAAGGGCAAGUACAGCCUCCAGAACAUGGUCCACCUCCGCGCAAACGGCGCACUCAACGCCAUCGACGGCAGUGGCAAGUAG